UCAUCUUUGCCAUUAAUCUCACUUCAUUUGUUACUGUAAGUUGGAGCCGAGGACCCCAUUGAAGACGAGUGGACCUUCAUUCCAGCCCAACGGUUGCUGUUGGUCUUGUGGUUGGCUGACUUUCGUGGGAAAAGGACAGGAUGUCCAACAACAUGGCAAAAAUUGCAGAUGCUCGAAAGACAGUAGAACAACUGAAGCUGGAGGUCAACAUAGAGAGGAUGAUGAUAUCCAAAGCUGCAGCUGAUCUGAUGGCCUACUGUGAGGCUCAUGCCAAAGAGGACCCCCUGGUGACCCCAGUGCCUUCUUCCGAAAACCCGUUUCGAGAGAAGAAAUUAUUCUGUGAAAUACUAUAACCGCCACAUGUAUAAGUGUCUACGCAUUUUGACUUCACAAUAGCCAUGAGUUAAAUUUCACCUGCAAUGACAAUAAGAAAACUUUCAUUUUUGUACUGAGAGUAGCUCUUU